CCAAAAUCUCUUCAAAACAAUCCAAAAUCUAAUAUUACUGUUCAAAACAAUCCAAAAACUUUACUGUUCAAAACAAUCCAAAAUGGGUUACAAAAUCUAGUGUUACUGAACUCACUAUGGUGACCACUUCUUUUCCUGCUUUUGCCUUCUUCUUUCUACAAAUUGGUCACCACCAUCACCCCACAAGUCCGGCAAUGGCUUAACAAUCAAUACUGACACAGACACUCUGACUACCACCUUCUUCCCUGGAGUCGCCAUGCAUUCAUUCCCAACCCCUUUAUUUUCUCACGCGCCUACAUUCUUAAAACCCACGCACAGCCCAAAACCACCGUUACUCAGCUCCAUCAGUCUCCAUUCUCUUACCUCGAGUGAAGAAGCAAAGCCCAUUACAUUCAGUGCCCAAAAUUCCCAUCAGCACCACGACCCCGGAUUUCUUCUUCCUCCUCUCUGGACUGCCACGGAGAUAGCUCAGGCCGUCAAUGGUAGAAUUGCGAAAUGGGGUCCUCCUGGAACCAUUUCGACAGACACUAGAACCCUUGUGUCCAACCAGUGGUUCUUCGCCAUUUCUGGCGAAAAGUUUGACGCCCACGACUUCAUUAACCAGGAACUGUCCCGAAAAGGAUGUAUUGGGGUGAUCGGGAAUCGGGUUUCCGAGAACUGGGACAAGGGUUUUGUGAGAACCAAUAGCGAUUCCGUAGUUUCGUUAAUGAGGAUGGGAAGUUACGCUAGGAGUAGAUUCAGUGGUGAAGUGGUAGGAGUGACUGGGAGUGCGGGAAAGACUACUACAAAGGCUAUGAUAGCUUUAGCUCUUGGAGGUUUUGGGAAGAAGGUUUAUGAGAGCUUUGGGAAUCGGAAUAAUGAAAUUGGAGUUGCUCUGUCACUGAUUGGGAUUCCGGGGAAUGCUCGGAUUGCGGUUUUGGAAAUGGGAAUGGAUUCGAAGGGAGAGAUAUUGGAGUUGGCGAGAAUAGCCAGGCCAAGUGUAAGAGUCAUUCUGAAUGUUGGAGAUUCGCAUUUGGUGAACUUUGGGAGCUUGGAGGAGAUAGCAAUGGCCAAGGGGGAGAUUUUGGUGGAGGCUAAGCCAGGAGAUGUGUGUGUUCUCAAUGCUGAUGAUCCCUUAGUUAUGCGCGUCCCACUACCAAAUGGGGUUAAAAAGGUGCUCUUUGGGCGGAGUGUGGGGUGUGAUGUCCGGUUGGUGGCGGCAGAAAGUGCAGAUGGAGGUCGUGCCCUUCGAGUCGUUUUAGAGAAAAAUGGAAAGAGGGUCAUACUUCGGAUUCCUAGUCCAGGUCUCCACUUGGCUCUCAAUGCAUGUGCAGCAACUGCAGUUGCGACUCAUUUAGGGGUUCCUCUGACACAAGUUGGACGUUCCUUGUCAACAUUUUGCCCAGUUCACAUGAGAUCAGAGCUUGAAGUUGCUAAAAAUGGCAUCACAAUAGUGAAUGAUACGUACAAUGCUAAUCCUACUAGCACCAAAGCUGCCAUUAACUUACUAAACGGCAUUGAAUGCAGGGGUAAAAGAGUUUCCGUACUUGGAGAUAUGUUAGAACUCGGCUCAAAUGAGAUAAAGUUUCACGAGAUGAUUCUGGAACACUGUUGCAAUGCCCGUAUUGAUUUAAUUGGCCUUGUUGGGAUGAGAUUUUUAACUGCAGCCAAGAAUCUGAAAUUGGUUGAGCAUAGAAAAGUUGUAGUUGCCCAUGAUGCAAAAACUCUUGCACUAGAAAUUCUCAAGCGGAUUGAUUGCGAUGAUGUUGUUUUGGUGAAAGGUAGUCGUGGUAUGGAAAUGGAGACAGUUGUGAAUGUAUUGAAGGAGACGGAAAUACAAAGUUGAAAUUAGAGUUUCACAACAUUAUACGACUAACAGAAGCUACAUGUACUGAAGGUAAGUAAAAAGAAGGUAAGUAAAAAAAAGCACACUGAAGUUAAAGUUUCAUGAAAAGGUGAGUGACUCCCCACGCACCAACCACUUGUGCUAGUCUCAAGUGGUGUGCCGAAAAGGUUUCCUUGCAUACUGAGUUACCUUUGGAUCUGUGAUUGAGGAACUAAAUUGUGGAAAAAUGCAAGUUUCUUGAGUCAAAGGGAUAGAGAGGGAAGACAAGCUUAAUCUUUCAUGUUCUCGAACGUGACAAGACAUCCUCGGGUUUGAGGAAGACAUCAUUGUCAAAGAACUAGUUUCACAUUUGAUGAAGAAAGGCUGUAUAUAAAAUAUAACCAUUGGUGAAAAAUUAUUAUCUUUAUUUAAUUUCAGUAAAUGUUUUACAAAAUGUACAUGUUAAGGGCAGCUAUCCAAAAAGACUUUAAUUCUCUAA